GUCGGGUGACGCAAGCCUCAGCCGGAAGUGAAGGAAAAGGCGCUUCCAGCCCGCGGCGCUUGCGCAGAAGGCUCUAGACGCUGAGAGGCAGGAGGCACUUGGGAUCGUCCGCAGGGUUUGGGACUGCUACAGAGGCCGCCACGGAGCCCGCCGGAGCCCCCGUUCCUGCUGGUGCUGCCGCCGCCCGAAUCGGAACCGUCGGGCUGCAGCCACCGGCAAUGCCGCGAAGGAAGAGAAAUGCAGGCAGUAGUUCAGAUGGAACCGAAGAUUCCGAUUUUUCUACAGAUCUCGAGCACACAGACAGUUCAGAGAGUGAUGGCACAUCGCGCCGAUCUGCCCGAGUCACCCGCUCUUCAGCCAGGCUAAGCCAGAGUUCUCAAGAUUCCAGCCCUGUUCGAAAUUUGCCAUCUUUCGGCACUGAGGAACCUGCCUAUUCUACCAGAAGAGUGACCCGUAGUCAGCAGCAGCCCACGCCAGUGACUCCAAAAAAGUACCCUCUUCGGCAGACUCGCUCAUCUGGCUCUGAAACAGAGCAGGUGGUUGAUUUUUCAGACAGAGAAACUAAAAAUACAGCUGAUCAUGAUGAGUCACCACCUCGAACUCCAACUGGCAAUGCACCUUCUUCUGAGUCUGACAUAGACAUCUCCAGCCCCAACGUGUCUCAUGAUGAGAGCAUUGCCAAGGACAUGUCCCUGAAGGACUCAGGCAGUGAUCUCUCUCACCGUCCCAAGCGUCGUCGAUUUCAUGAAAGCUACAAUUUUAAUAUGAAGUGUCCUACGCCGGGCUGCAACUCUCUAGGACACCUUACAGGAAAACACGAGAGACAUUUCUCCAUCUCAGGAUGCCCGCUCUAUCAUAACCUCUCAGCUGAUGAAUGCAAGGCACCAACAGAGAGACAGCUGCGGUAUAAGGAAAAGGUGGCUGAACUCAGGAAGAAAAGAAAUUCUGGACUGAGCAAAGAGCAGAAAGAGAAAUAUAUGGAACACAGACAGACCUAUGGGAACACUCGGGAGCCUCUCUUGGAAAAUCUGACAAGUGAAUAUGACUUAGAUCUUUUCCGAAGAGCACAAGCCCGGGCUUCUGAAGAUUUGGAGAAGUUAAGGCUUCAAGGCCAAAUCACAGAGGGAAGCAACAUGAUUAAAACAAUUGCCUUUGGUCGAUAUGAACUGGAUACUUGGUACCAUUCUCCCUAUCCUGAAGAGUAUGCGCGGCUGGGGCGUCUCUACAUGUGUGAAUUCUGUUUGAAAUACAUGAAGAGCCAAACAAUACUCCGACGACACAUGGCCAAGUGUGUGUGGAAACACCCCCCUGGUGAUGAGAUUUACCGCAAAGGCUCCAUCUCUGUGUUUGAAGUAGAUGGCAAGAAGAACAAGAUCUAUUGCCAAAACCUCUGCCUUUUGGCGAAGCUUUUUCUGGACCAUAAGACGUUAUACUAUGAUGUAGAACCUUUCCUGUUCUACGUUAUGACAGAAGCGGACAAUACUGGCUGUCAUCUGAUUGGGUAUUUUUCUAAGGAGAAGAAUUCAUUUCUCAACUACAAUGUCUCCUGUAUCCUCACCAUGCCUCAGUACAUGAGACAGGGCUAUGGGAAGAUGCUCAUUGACUUCAGUUAUUUACUUUCCAAAGUAGAAGAGAAAGUCGGCUCUCCAGAACGCCCACUGUCCGACCUGGGGCUCAUAAGCUACCGCAGCUACUGGAAGGAGGUACUGCUUCGGUACCUACACAACUUCCAGGGCAAGGAGAUCUCCAUCAAAGAAAUUAGCCAGGAAACAGCUGUGAAUCCCGUGGACAUUGUCAGCACUCUGCAAGCCCUUCAGAUGCUCAAGUAUUGGAAAGGCAAGCACCUAGUUUUAAAGAGACAGGACCUGAUAGAUGAAUGGAUAGCCAAAGAGGCCAAAAGGUCCAACUCCAACAAAACCAUGGAUCCAAGCUGCUUAAAAUGGACCCCUCCCAAGGGCACUUAAAGUGACCUGUCAUUCCGAGCCAGCGAGCCCCAGCAGUAGGAAUCCGUACCCUAGGGAUCUGUCUGUCAUUUCUGUUGCUCUUGUGAUUGGCAAGUACAGUAUCCUUUGGGAAGGCCACCCCUCAGGACUGUUCUGGCUCCAACCUUCGUGUACACUGCAGACACUAGUUCUGAGGAACUGUUGUUUCGGCCUCAGUGAGGUUGCCUGGACGGAUCUGUAUUAGGCUCGAGUACAGAUCCCUCAUAGCACUGACCCAAGGAGUUGUGUUAUGGUACUGUACCUGUCCAGUCACUGGUUCCCUCCUCAUGCUCUUUUACCCCGUGAGGUUUGUUGUGUCCUGACCUUUGUGCUAGUGCUUUUUCCUGCCUGGUUACCAGACCUCCAAACAUGGUUGCCACCAAAGGGCCCUUUCCAGUUACUCCUCACACAUUCUUCAUGAAGGGGUGGGCAAGAGGCAGCACCUGAGUGUACGUGUGUCUGUUGGGAGGGUCCUCUCACCUGGGUUUUAUCUCACAGUCACUUACUUUUCUCCCUUUUUGUCAAAAGAUUCACCUUUGGUCAGGAUCAGGCUGAUCAGAGGUAGAAACUCCUAACAUUUCCCAGGGGUUCACAGGACCUGGUCCAUCUGAGUGAGGCGGGGUGAAGUUGAAGAGGUGGUGAUCCCGUGUUUUCCUUUGUGUUUACUUGUGGGCACUGGGGCAGCAUCUUGCUGGAAGAAAAUGGGUAAUUCAUUCUUUUUGCCACAGCAGAAAAUGCCCCCACUUUUCUCUGACCCCCCUUUAUGUUAGCAGUUGCCAACAUACUUGAACCAUCUUUGUUCCCGCCACAUUAAGUGAUCACUCUGUGGAUCUUUCCACACUUGUCUUUACUAAUCUGCUAUAGGGCAGUUAUACUUUCCACAUAAGUUGCACUGAUUUUUGUCCAGAGCUUCCUGGGAGAAGUGGGAAAUGGUUGAAAUGACUUGUGUUUCUCAGCCCAUGACUCAGCAAGACAGAGUGGCCACACUGCUACAGUUUGCUUCCCUUUCCAACAGUGCCUCCCCCAGCAGGCUGAAGUGCUUCUGUCUCUAAGAACUAACUCCAUUCCCUUUCGGGACUUGCUACCAUCAUCCUGUUCUCUGGGUUCCUAUUUUUGGUGAUGUUAAGUGAAGGAAGAAAUGUUCCCUCUAAUUUCUCCCUGUCCCAGUAUAUAACCUGCUAUCUUGGGGCAGCUUUUGAUGUCUGACAUGUCACCCUUCCCAACUUGGUCUCCUCCAGCACUGCUGUCUUCACGUGGCACCCUCUCACCACAACCCUAACUCCGGUCAUUUGUGCCUUUCUCUUGUCAUUCUGUACACUACGAAUCUUCACUGUGGGUUGGAGGGAGCUGGUUUAAGCAUGUUCAGUGGCAGCUCCCCUCCAGUUUCAGUGUAACUGUUAAAAUGUAUCCAAAAGCCACUUCACUGGGGGUUCUUAAAGGUAAAGGCCUUUUACAGAUGCUGAGCCCUUCCCCACAUGUGGUAGAAUGUGCUCUUCUGUAUCUACUCAAUAAAGCAUGUUCUCUGCUCAUG